GAAACAGGGCAAACACACGCAGAGACCAGAAGUUGGAGCAGUCAGGCUCACCGCUCCGAGCUCCGCUGAAGGGUGGGGGAGGAAGAGGAGGAGAGAGACACUUUCCUGGGAUUUAUACACAGAGCUAAAAGGAAGGGCGGGUGUGCACAGGUGAACACCCUGGACCAUGAAGCCCUCUCUCUACUGGGCCCUCCUUCUCUUCUUCAUCUUGUUCUUGGGAGCCCAUAGCCAAAACAGGCCCCCCAAAAGGCGACCUAGACCUGGGCCUAAACCCAAGCCUACACCCAGAGUCCCUCCUCCAUACAGACCUGUCCUUGAAGAGCCCUCUGAACCCACAGACCUGCCUCCUCCCCUCCCCCCAGGACCCCCAUCAAUCUUUCCUGACUGCCCUAGAGAAUGCUACUGCCCCCCAGACUUCCCGUCAGCCCUGUACUGUGACAGCCGCAAUUUGCGAAAGGUACCAGUCAUCCCGUCCCGAAUUCACUAUCUCUACCUUCAGAACAAUUUCAUCACAGACCUUCCCAUAGAGUCCUUCAGGAAUGCCACUGGCCUAAGAUGGGUCAACCUUGACAACAACCGUAUCCGCAAGAUAGACCAGAAGGUGUUGGAGAAGCUGGAGAGUUUGGUCUUUCUCUACAUGGAAAAGAACCAGCUCCAGGAGGUCCCCAUGGCCCUUCCCCGCAACCUGGAGCAGCUGAGGCUGAGCCAGAACCAGAUCAACAAAAUCCCUCCUGGUGCCUUUAGCAAGCUGGAGAACCUGGUGCUCUUGGAUCUGCACCACAACAAGCUCAGCGACGGGGUCUUCAAGCCCGACUUCCAGGGCCUCAAGAACCUCAUGCAGCUCAACCUGGCUCACAACAUCCUGAGGAAGAUGCCCCCCAAGGUCCCCACAGCCAUCCACCAGCUCUUCCUGGACAGCAACAACAUCGAGAACAUCCCCAACGGCUACUUCAAGGGCUUCCCCAACCUCGCUUUCAUCCGGCUCAACUACAACCAGCUGUCUGACAAGGGGCUCCCCAAGAACUCCUUCAACAUCUCCAACCUGUUGGUCCUCCACCUGUCUCACAACAAGCUCAGCAACGUGCCGGCCAUCAACAACCGGCUGGAACACCUGUACCUCAACAACAAUGAGAUUCAGAAAAUCAAUGGGACCCAAAUCUGCCCCAACAACCUGGUUGCAUUCCAUGAAUUCUCCUCAGACUUGGAAAACGUGCCGCACCUCCGCUACCUGCGGCUCGAUGGGAACCAGCUGAAGCCACCUAUCCCACUGGACCUGAUGAUGUGUUUCCGGCUCCUGCAGUCUGUGAUCAUCUAACUCCCACCUUGAUGCCAACCGGACUUCUCUGAAGAGACUUGAACACCUCUCAGUCAGGGGGUGGCCCAUGUGCCCACUUCCUGACAUGCUCCAUUGCCUUUUCUACCCUCUUUGGGCUUUUCCUUUCUCCACCCAUAUAGGGCUCCCUAAGGAAAGGAGGAGGACAGUUCCCCAUCCCUUAUUGCACUUCCCUUCCCUCAUGUGGGAGUAUGAAGUCUAAGAACUUACUGUCAACCCACCAGGUUAAAAGAACUGUCUCUCCUACAUAUAAACACCAACCCCAAACUUCUUGCCAUAUAUAGUCUCCUUAUUUAGGAGCCCCUUCACCCACCUGGAAGUGUCAAAUUAUUUGUGCUUUACCCAACAUCCUUUCUUUCCUCCACCUUCACUCUCAUCCACACCUCAUCAUCCCAAUAAUGGUCUGGCCCAUGAAAUGUCAUCUAGAUUAUUGACCUUGACCUAGGAGAGAUAGUGUCUCUUCCCAAACAGGCCUAGAAGACUUUGACCUAGGAGAGGAGAUAUGUCUUCCCAACCAGGUCUAGAAAACACCUUUUGUAACUGCCCAUUGUGCAGCUCUAGCCCAGGAGAGAGAAGAAAUCUUCAUCAUAUCAUCUCUUCUACUGCUUCCUUCUCCCAGAAUUAUGCAGGGUUUCUAUAGCCACAGCUGUUUCCUCUCCCAUUCCCCAUCGACAUCAAGCCCCGAAUGGAAAGACAUUUAUCCCAUUGUCAUAGCUUCUUGUUUAACAGAAAGCGUAUAAGGGAAUGGCCAAGAACUCUUAGAGAGAAGUAGAUCUGGUAUUCUAGCAAGAGCCAGGAUCAGGCAACCUCAUACCUUCCUGGUUAGCUUUUGAAAUGGAUAGGUAGUCUCGUGAUGAUGCCAGCUGAAGAUCUGUUUGCACUUUUUGAGAACUGCAGGCUAGAAGCUCCCCCCUCCUCCCCUAUGCAUAUCCUCUCACAUCUUCAAGGGUGUUGAGAAAGUGUAGGAACAGAGAAAGAGCAGUGAGUAGAGGGGAAGGUGGGAGGAGGGAAUUAUGAGGGAUCUACAUGGAAUGGGUUGGUAGGGUUGGGUGAGGCAGAACACAGGAAUAGAAAUGGGAUUUGUAGAAAAGCAGAGCCUUCAAAUCUCCUUUGACCACCCACAGUGAGAUGUCUAAUGCCUUCAAGGCACUCGAUUCUCACAUUAUUGGGCUUGGUCGUUCACCAAUGCCAGCUUCAUCAUCUGGUAUCUGUCUAUGUGGCUCUGAAUUAGCCAAAUUAGCAGCUGGAGACUGCCACCACCUACCCAAUAUUUCUACUACUCAGAGUGUAGCAGAGAAAGUAGGGAGAAGGGGAGGGACAACUGGCUAUCUCCCAGGAGCCUCUUCCAUCAUGUGGAAAUGCACCUCCAUGUCUAAGAGGAGACACAUUAGUGACACCUAGUGGUCAGUGGAGGUCAGUGUUGUGAGUUCCAUUCUUGACUUGGUACUUCUUGGUCUCUUGUUCUUUGUCAUGGUCAGUUAGUACAAAAGCUGAUGAUGUCUUUUUUUUUUUAAAUGGUCCUGGCCUGGGACUUGCUUCUGACUUCAAAGUGACAAAGGAGGAUACAUAUCACAGCCUCCUACCAUACCCACAUUUUGGAAGGCCAUAGGUGUCUGUGAGCAUUGGCUGGUCCUGCUUAUGAUUGUGACAAGUGGUCAGAGUUGAUCACAGAGAAAUGACGUCUAGCAUUAGAGUCAGGUUCUGGCAGAGGCUUCCAGGUCAGAGAUACCUGGUUAGCAUAGAUUCUGUUUUACUAGCAUUGAUCUUGUAACACAAGCUGGGGAUCUGAGAGCUCCAGUUUGGGAUCUACUUUUUUUUCUGAUCUAUUUAAGGAUCUAUUUUGAGAACCCAUUAUAAAAAUCCAGUUGGGACUUGGAGGAAACUAAAAAUCUCAUCUUUCCCCUUUUAUGACUGAUUUUUCAAUGGGAUAGGUCCUAAGCUUCCAUUCCCCUUCUCAAUAAUUUAUUCCCUCUUCCCUUGCCUAAUAACCAUGUUCCACUUUAUGGGCCUCUCCCUCCCACUUUCUUUCCUUUCUUCUUGCCUGGCCCCCAGGCUAAAGCCCUUGGCUGGUCUCCAAGGUAUACCUGGGGUACUGACAAGAGUGCCUCAGUCUUCCUUCCUUUGGAGAAGAUUCUUCUGUCUUGGUUGUUACUAUCUCUCCUAGGUUUUUGUUUAAUUAUUUGACCUUGCUCAACCUCUUUUAGUACAAAACUAUUUUCCCCUUGUCACCUUACUUCAAGUGGGUUUAGGUUAUUCUGUGUGUGGCUCCCUCCUUUUCUCCAACUUCCCCCCCCCACCAUCUCCUUUCAACGGUGUAUCAUGCACACUUGGAGAAAUCAUUUCUACUCUAGAAUAUUUUUAAUCUCCCAAGACCAAAUACCAUCAGCUCUCUCUUCUUCCCAUAUAUAUGGCAUAGCUCACUCAGAGUUAUUUUUCCCCCCAUUCUUUCUCCUCCAUUUGAUAAGGGGAAGAUUGCAUUUUUAAUCUCCUCAAAGACUUCCUUUCCACUAAAAGAUCUCAUAGGUAGUGGCUGUGGCAGAAUUACCAUUCCAAAUUCCUUGAGUAAGUCAUUUCAACUCUCUAGGCUUUGUUUUUAAUAAAAUCCAUGACUUGAAGAGGAUCUGAAAGGUCCUCCAAUCCAACCACUGAGUCAAGAUUCCAUAUGCUCUGAUGUAGGAGCACCUAAAGAAGGUGUUGUUAAGAAUACAUCUGUCAUUGAUCUUAUAAAAAACAUUAUCUCUCAACUUUAUCCUUCAAGCAUCUUGAAUAACAUCCUGGUGCACAAGACUCCUUGAGGAAAUAAAUCACAAACACAUAUAGCAAACUAUCCAGAAACAUCAGACCAGCCCUUCAUCUUCAAGUCAUACUAUUCUCCAACACAGAUCCCACCUGAUGCUCUUCCUCUCCCUCCUGCCAACUAAACCUACUGUGUAGCUAUUCAUUUUAUAGACAUAGUACUAAAGCUAUUCAUUUUAGGAAUACUAAUCCUGCAGGCAGCCUCAAAGUGGAAAAGAAGCUAGUUAGGGCUACUGUCAGGAGCUACUCAUUUCCUUGUCCUACACUUCAACUGCCUUUUCUUUUUUAUUGCAGUGGUACACCUUACUGAAAGAUGAAUUCCCUCUUUAGGAUCCCAUGUUCACCUGCCUUUUGCUUGAAUACAUCUGUCAACAGAGAACUGAGUACUCAUUCUCUUUUCAGAUCACUCUAAUUGCCUAAACAUUUCUCUUUAUAUUGAGCUGUUUUGCCUCCUUGUGAUAUCCAUGGGACCCUAGUUUUCCCCUCUAGGACCAAGAAGAACUCCAAUCCCUUUUUUACCCAAGAGUUCUUCAAAUAUUUGAAAAUAGUUGCCAUUCUCCACACACCAUCUUCUCUUCUUCAGUCUAAACAUCUAUAAUUCCUUCAACCUUUCCUCAUAUGAUUUCAUUUAGAGUCUUUCAACCAUCCUGGGUACUCUGCUCUGGACACAUUAUAAUUUGUCAGUGUACCUCCUCAAAUUUGUCACCCAGAACAGAACCCAGUAUUUCAAGUGAGACUUAAUGAAGAAAAGAGUAGAGUAAGAGCCAUCACCUCCCUUGUUCUGGAUAUGAUACUUCUCUUGAUGCAGUCCAAUGUCCCAUUUCAUUUUUUUGGCUACCAUGUUACAUCAUCGACUCUCACUGAGUUUGCCAUUCUCUAAAUCUCCAAAUCUUUACAUGAGCUGCUACAUGGUCAUGUCUAACUCAUUUUUUACCAAAAUGUAAGACUUACUAUUUUACUCAAAUUUCAUGUUAGAUUUGAUCUAUUAUCACAGUGCCUUGAGGUCUCUUUGUCUCUGCCUUUUAAAAUGCAAUGCAUGUGCUUUCCUUCUCUGCUCACAUCCUCAGCAAAUUUGCCAUCUAUGCCUUUCUCCUUACAAAUCUGUUGAACUGAGCAGCACCAAGGACAGAUCCUUCUAGCAAGCCACUUAAAAGAUUUCAUCCCAUGUUGAUAUCAAUCCAUUAAUCAAUACUCUUUAUGUCUGGUCUUUCAAUCAGUUACAAAUUCACCUAAAUGUUCUUCAGUGAGCCCAUGUAUUUCUCAGUCUUGUCUACAAGGAUAUCAUUAGAACGUUUGUCAAGUGCCUCGCUGAAAUCCAGAUUUGCUGUCAUGACAAUCUUCUCCUGAUCUUCCAGUCUGGUUAGUAACCCUGUCAGAGAGAGAGAGAGAGAGAGAGAGAGAGAGAGAGAGAGAGAGAGAGAGAGAGAGAGAGAGAGAGAGAGAGAGAGAGAGAAUGACGUGAUUUGUCCUUAGUAAAUCCAAACUUGGCUCAGCUGACAGACCAAUCCAUUCAAUAAGAUGAGCUAUAAUUUUGCCAGGCCUUGGACACCACACUUAUUGGUCUAUGGUUUUCAACAUCCACCUUUUUCCUCCACCUUUUUGAAAAUUGGGGCAUUUGAUCAUCUCCAGUCAUAGCACCUCUCCUAGUCUCCAUGAUUCUUCAAAGACCAUUAAUGAUAAUGAUAUACACAAGAAAUGUGGAUACUCUGGGAUAUAAUUGUGCAAACUAAGUGUAUUUUUCUUAUCUGAAAAUUGUAAGGUGGGACUAAAUAAUUUCUAGUGCAAUAUCUACCCAUUCUAGAAUCUACUUUGCCUCUGGGUUUUAAAUAUUCCUUUGGCUUGAUCUGUGAUAUAGAAUAUAGGAUUAUGGGGAUUGAAAAUUCUAGAACCAUAUGUAAUGUUAGAACUACAAGGCACUUUAAAGGUCAUUUCCUUGUCCACUUCCCUCAUUUUGUCAUUGAGGAAACUAAGAGAUGAAAUGCCCUGCCCGAGGUAGUUGGUGAUAAGACAAGGAACCAGUUCUCCAGAUGCCAGUCCAGUGUUCAUUAUUAUCAUAUACUUCCUAUCCUCCCCACUCCCUCUUGCCACUUUCAGGCAUUUUCUUGGUAGCCCUUGGUUUAGGUAACCCACAUAUUUUUCAGGAUAGGAGGGUAAACUUCUAUAGCAGUAGGUCUCCUGAGUUGUACCUCUGCCCUCCUUCCUGGUGUCAGCAUAGGACAGCCCCAAUUCCUUUAACUGGUAUUGUUCUUUUGGGCUUGAUACUAUAGGGAUUUAGCCAAAGUGGGAUCAAGGAAUGAUACUUAUUAAUUCAUCCUGCCUUUGUGCUUUCCUGUCAUAUUCUCAACCCUGCAGAUAGUAGGUACUUAAUAAAUGCUUGUGGCUUGAACUUUCAGUGAAUUGAGUGUAUCCCAGCACCUGGUUUUUACUGCUUCUCAUCAUAGUCAGGAGACAGUACAGACCUAAUGUCCAGCAAUAUGGUAAUGGGAGCUACAGGCUUUCAGCAUCAGGCUGCUGUUUGUACAACUUGUUGAAAGUAUUUCCCAGUGAUGUUCCUGCCCUGUUCUCUUUAACCUCAUUCCAUAGUCUGUCCUAGGUGACACUCACUCAUGUCUUCCUAGCCUGAACACGAGGGUGGGGAUAAGCAGAGGUGGAGAAGGGAUGGGUUGUGAAAGAGAGGCUGUGAGUCUGUACUGUGAAGUCCCAAAUGUGAUGGUGGAGAUAGACCACAGGGAAGGAGAACAUGCCAAUAUUGAGUUGUGCAUAUAAAACACACCUAUGACACACACACACAGAGAAAACAAGUGGAAGUUAAUAUUGUGAAUGGUUUAUACUUUAAUCAAUAUCUAUUUAUCAUAAAGAGCAGCCACUGUAUUUGUGACACUGAACGGAACCCUGAGGGAAUAGGAUAGUUAAAGAGAAUUCUCAAAACUUAAUCCCUGCCUUCAAGAGGUUUCCAAUGUAUCUCUCUUCUUUUCUUCUCUUCAUUUUGUCUCCAUCUCCUGUCUUCUUUGUCGAAUCCAGAUGCCAUUUUACAGAAGAUCUCUUCCCCUGGCUAUUAAUUAAUUAGUAGAUUAAGUAAUUUGCUCUUCUGCUUCCAAUUAGUUCCUGUAAGACUCCUGCUUAAAGUCAGUAUUUUACUGGGGAUAUAAGCAGCCAUGCUUAUAUGGCUAGGUCAAGGCCCUUCCCUUACACAUGACUUUCAAUCUCUGUUCCUCUCACUUGGUGGUCAGGUAAGCACUACUCCCAUGGUACCUAGGGGGAGGGAAGGAGGGAUCUCUACAAGUCCCAUGCAAAUCAGAGCUGAUUGAUUUGAGCAUAAACAUAAUCCUCAUGGGACUGUACUCUUUCUCCUCCUCUUUUCCUCCUCCUCCUCCUCUUCCUCCUCAAUGGGUGCCCUUGUUCCCGAUGGCAGUAGCAAGUUGGACAGUCUCAGAGGUACACUGGCUUUAGAGUCAAUCACACCUAUUGCUUUCUCUCGGAUGCCUUUCACCUCCACAUCUUCAUAGGCAGAAGCCUCUAUGCUGUAUGUAUACAAAUAUAACAUGUGCAUGUACUCAACCAUUGUACGUGUAUCCACUCCUGGUCAUGUUAACUUUGUGGAGCUUUUCCCUUCUCAUAUUUUCCAUAUGAGUGGAAAUAAAACUGUAUGAAAGGAAUCCUG